CGGGCGCUUCAACGACACAUGAGGUUGAUGGGAAUCGAGAGAUGGAAGAUGUCAGAGCUGAUUGCGUCGCUUCCACUUCUCAUCUUUGUCGCAUUGUUCCUAUUCUUCAUCGGGAUAGCCCACUGGCUUUGGCAUAUGAAUCGAACGACUUCAGGAAUCGUUAUCGGAGGGAUUGGAAUAGGAUGUCUCUUGUACACGAUCACCAAAUUGAUCAGUAUCAUCACCGUGGACGCGCCAUUCCGCACGCCCGUAUCCAAGGAGUUGAUCGGUAUCGUCAGACAGGCACUACGACUCACAUUCACGAAACGCGAAGAGGAGAAGUUCGAAGGGAAAGGUGAAAUCGCGUUAGAUGGUCUGUUUUGGAUUGUAAGUUACAUCGAAGUAUCACCAGCUUCACGGAACAUGUUCAUUACCCUCAUCAAGCAGUUGACAGAGAAGAUCAUACAGCGUGGACGACUUGGAGAUGGCGAGGUGGAUUCUCAAAGGAAUGGGCAUGAUCGUACAGUUUGA